AUGGGCCGGAAUGGGGCUUCAAUAUCAAUGACUGCGGCUGAAUCGUCGGGGUAUGCAAUGGCGCCGCUCCAAGUUCGCAGGAUGCUUUUUAUCCAUCUCCGAACACAAGGUUUGUUUCUCGUUUUGUCUCAAAGCCUCUUCCUUCCUUACUCACUCACCUUUAAGUCCAGUCGACCCAGGCACGGUCAUAGGCGAAUCCUCAAAUCCUCAAGACUUCUAAGGCUCUACGUAAACCCCUGCCUCAAAAAGCAACUCACGAACAUAUGA